AUGAAUUCAUUCAUCAAUUCCCUCUUUCUUUCAUUUUCUUUCGUUAAUUCUUUUCCUUUAAUCAUUUCUUUAAUUCAUUCUUUAUUCCUCCCUUCCUUACUUUCUUUCUCUUCCUUUCUUUCUCUCUUUCUUUCUUUCUUUCUUGUCCAUGAAUUCAUUGUUUAUUCAUUCAUUUCCUUUUCUUCCUUUCUUAUUCCUUCCUUCAUUCAUUCAUUUAUUCAUUCAUACUUUUCUAUUCUUUUCUUUAAUCUGUCAAUUCUUUUUCCUUUUUUUUUUCAUUCUUUUUUUUUUAAUUUCAUCUUCAUUCGUUCAUUCUUUAUUUAUUUUUUCCUUCACCCUUUCUCUCUCUCUUUCUCUCUCUUUCUUUCUUUCUUUUCUUUCUUUCUUUCUUUCUGCUUCCUUUUCUUUUCCGUUUUCUUUUCUUCAUUUUUUUUUCUUUUUUUUUUUCAUUUCCUUCUUUUUUUUUUCAUUUUUUUUUUUUUUUUUUUCAUUCUUUCUUUCUUUCUUUCUUUAUUUCUUUCCAUCCUUCUCCUUCUCUUCUUUUUCUUUUUUUCUUUCCUCCUUUUUUUUUCUUUUUUUUUUUUUUUCUUUUCUGUUCCUUUAUUUCUUUCUCCUCCAUUUUCCUUCUCUCUCAUCUUUUCUCUCUUUUCUUCCUUUCUUUCUUUCUUUUUUUUUUUAAUUUUCCCUCUUCAUUUUUUUUAUUUUCAUCUUCAUUUUUUCAUUCUUUUUUUUUUUUCUUUCCUUCAUUCUUUUCCCUUUUUUUUCACCUCUCUCUCUCUCUCUCUCUUUCUUUCUUUUCUUUCUUUUUUCUUUUUUCUUUCUCUCAAUUUUCAUUCUCUUCAUUUUUUCCUUGUUUUUAUUUCCUUUUCUUUUUAA